CCCUGCCUUCCAAGCGCUCCAUCAGCUGCGGGGAAAGAAACAUUCCGAGGGCUUUUGGUGCUCUGCUUUCUGGCUGCGAAGGCUAGAUAACACAUACACCCACCUCGGGACGAAGACAAGGAAGCAGAGCAACCAACGGACAGGAUACCUGGUCCCACCCCAUCAUGGCUCCUCUGUAGUGGCAAAAUGCUGAGGAGAAAGAUGGAUCCAGUUGUUCCCUGGUUGAUUUAAAGCACUGCUGUAGUUAUAACUAAGCAAGAAGCAAACUGGAAAAGGAAUGCAUAAGUAAACCAAAAUGGAGAGAGCAAAUGGCCCUGGUCUACAGCUCCAGCCGCUUGCAACAUUGUCUGUACCACGGCUAGCUCAUGAGGAUUCCUUCUCUUACAAGGAAAACCUGAUUGGUGCCCUGCUGGCUAUUUUUGGACACCUCGUUAUCAGCAUAGCACUCAACCUCCAGAAAUACAGCCAUAUCCGGCUGGUGGGUUGCAAGGACCACCGGGCCUACUUCAAGACCAAGACAUGGUGGUGUGGCCUGUUCCUGCUGUUCCUGGGGGAGCUGGGGGUCUUCUCUGCCUAUGCCUUUGCGCCCCUUUCCCUGAUUGUGCCCCUUGGUGCCGUGUCUGUUAUAGCAAGUGCAAUCAUUGGAAUCAUAUUCAUUAAGGAAAAAUGGAAGCCGAAAGAUUUCUUGAGGCGCUAUGUUUUGUCCUUCAUAGGCUGUGGCUUGGCUGUUGUCGGGACAUACCUGCUGAUAACCUUCGGGCCUAACAGUCAUGAGACCAUGACAGGAGAGAACAUCACUAAGCACUUGGUCAGCUGGCCAUUUCUCUUGUAUAUGCUGGUAGAGAUCAUCAUUUUCUGCCUGCUGUUGUAUUUCUACAAAGAGAGGAAAGCUAACUAUAUUGUGGUGAUUCUGCUGUUGGCAGCACUCCUGGGUUCAAUGACAGUCAUCACGGUGAAGGCAGUGGCAGGCAUGGUGGUGGUUUCAAUACGAGGGAACCUCCAGCUGGGCUACCCCAUUUUCUACAUCAUGGUGGUUUGCAUGGUGGCAACAGCAUCCUUUCAGGCAACGUUUUUAACACAAGCAACACAGCUGUACGAUGCAUCACAGAUUGCCAGCAUAGGAUACAUCUUGUCCACUGCAACAGCAAUUACUGCAGGUGCAACCUUCUACAUGGACUUCAUUGGAGAAGACAUACUUCAUAUAUGCAUGUUUGCCUUGGGGUGCCUCAUUGCAUUUUUAGGCGUCUUCUUGAUCACUAGAAACAAGAGGAAAUCAAUCUUUUUCGAACCGUACAUCUCCAUGGAUGCUAUGCCAAGCAUGCAGAAUUUGCAUGACAACGGAACGGCAGUUCAGCCUGAGCUCAAAACGUCAUUUUCCUAUGGUGCCCUGGAGAACAACGACGCCAUCUCUGAGAUCUACGCACCUGCUACGUUGCCGAUAGUGCAGGAGGAACAUGGUUCGAGGGGGUCAUCUGUGCCUCCCUACCGGGUCAUGGAGCAUAACAAAGGGGAGUGAAAGCCCUUGUAAGGGACUGGCAUAAUGCCUCCAAGUGUGGUCCUCUUAUUUAUUCAUCCCUUCUUCUUUUUAAGCACCGCUAAGUCAGAAAAAAAGUCGGUUUAUUUAUGGAUUAAGUGUGUAUGGAAUGACAACUUUAAAGACUGAACUGUGUUAAGAGUCCCCUACCCAUGUAAUAUGAAAGCUAAGUUGAUUGUUGCAGGACACAAGCAGCUGUAUCGGCCUCACUAAGCUAAACUGUGACAGGAUGUAUAGCUAUGUCAAAAGGAACUCAGAGGAUAUUCUGAUGGCUGUAAUAUUGCUGGUCAAACAGCAGGAACUAAAGGGUGAGUUUAGACUCUGUUUUCCUGAUAAAAUUCCCUUUAUGAUGACAUAACACGACUCAGUAUGUGGGUUGUACGGGUCUCAAGCAGAGCUUUGGGUUCAUGUGCCUCUUCCCCACCGCAUAUGGAUGGUUGUAUCCAACUUAAGUUUUACUCGGCAUGGACUCCCUGAACUUAAUAGACCAAAGUUUUCCAUUUAUUUCAGUUCCUCUGCUUUGAGUAUCACUAGCAUUGGAUACAACCCAGGAUAUUUUUAAUAUGAAUCAAAGCUUACACAUGUCAAUUUUUGUUUUAAUUAGACCUGCUCAUGUUACCUUCCUGCUGCCUUGUACCUUAAGGAGAAAACUAGCCAAACAUUUGUAGAUGUCAGAUAAGAUCGAGAGCCCCAACGACAACAGCCCACAGACACACAGCGUGCAACUGGCUUUCUGCCAUUUAUCUUGCAAGACAGCAAUUUAGACCUUCCCUACAAAUGUGUCAUUUCAGUUGUGUCGAUUCAUAUUGUGGGUCAGAGAUUGCUCCCCUUGUGGGGGGGGGGGCUCAUUCCUGCCAACAAAAAAGUUAGCUCAGCGGGGAGUGGGCUGGGAUGGAAACUUGCUCAUUGUGUUGCUAUUGUGUACUGUACGUGGUUUGUUUGCUUUUUUAUUAUUUGCAGAAAGUAUUUACAUGGGGCUUUAUUCCAAAAAGGCAGAAAUAAAAUCUAAGUAACUCCCCUCCUUCCCCCCCUCCCGGUCCAAGUUACAGGUUGCUGUUGCUUUCUGGACCCUUCAUACAUCAGAGUUCCAUGGCCCUGAUCCAGAAAAUGAAUGGGUUAAGUUAAUCGCCACCUUAAAGUGUUAUGAAAGUGGAUUUGUGUGUGAGUGCGUGUAUGAAUCACUUUGAAUAAAUUUGCAGAAACUCCAGGACACCACACUAACUUGGCAGCAGUUAAUUCUAGAUCCAGGAAUGGAGUACCUGUGGUCCUCCAGAUGUUGAUAGACUUGAACAUCAGCCUCAACCAGUGUGACCAGAGAUGAGGUGAGUUUUAGUCCAGCAACAUCUGGAGGGCCACAGGUUCUUGACUGCUGUUCUAAUUCAAGAUGGGGCCUUAUUAGUGAUCCUUUUUGUUCUCUCCAUCUUUGGCUGCAGGCUUAUUCAUGAUAACUCCCCACCCCAUUGUUCAUCACCUGAGCUGGGAUAUAGCAUACAACUUCCACUGAUUUUAGCCUUGGAAGAGAUGUAUGCUGUGAAUCACUGACUUUCUGGUUGACUGUUUCCGUUGCUUAUACCAUAAUGCUGCCUUUUAGGUUUUUGUCUGUCAACUCUGGGUCUUUUUGUGAUAGGAAUGCAUCCCCCCGGUGCCGGAGCAUGAAGCUCCGCCACUGCAGAGGAGUAAAGCAGAAUGACUUAGAUCAGUGGUUCCCAACAGGUGGUCCGGGGACCCCCAGGGG